CACACGAUCCCAUAUAUGAUGAUGAUGGAAGAGGAGACGACAAUUAUGGCGGCAAUCUCCACUCUCCGCCCUUCUCAGCUUUCAGAUCUCAGCUACUCCAUAUUCUCCCUCUCUUUCCACCACCGCCGCCGUCUUUUCCACCUUCUCUCCUCCCCUUGUCUCUUCUUUCUCACCCUCCACCGCCUCCACACUCUAUCACUCCCCCAAAAGACCCUCCUCAUCGCCCGCCACCUCCCCUUUUCCCUCCACCACCUCACCCGUCACUUCCAGCCUCCACCUCCACGUCUGUUAAACCGUUCCACCACCAUAAACCACCGCGAUCUUGACGCCGUCCUCCUCCUCCUCUUUCUUUGUGAAGCAUACCAUGAUAACCCGGAAGCACUCGAGAGACCUCACGCUGAAUGGCGCCAAGUCUUAACUAGUAUAUGCUCGAACAACACGUUGAAGAUCACCGGUAUCAUCGGCAUCUUCGACGGUGCCGCUUUGAUCCCGUAUAUCGAAAUGGUGACAAGGUGCAAGAGGCUGGUGGGAAUAAUGGGUUGCGGUGGGAAAGAAGGGAAGGAGGUGGCGGCAUCGCCAGAAGCGGUGGUGUCUUUGCCGGCGGUGGAGGUGAUAGGCGGUGGCGUCGAGUGCGUGAUAUGCAAAGAGGAGAUGAGAGAAGGACGAGAGGUGUGUAAGUUGCCGUGCCAGCAUUUGUUCCAUUGGAUGUGCAUAUUGCCAUGGCUGAAGAAGAGGAAUACAUGCAUUUAUUAUAUAAACUAUUAA